GAGAAUCUUCUCAGCUUCUCACCGGCCUUCUCUUUCUCUCCGCCGCCCCCUCCGCCGCUGCGCCCCCACCCUUCUCUUCCGACGCAUCUUAUUGAAUGUGGGUCUCCCAUCUUACCCCCACUUGUCUCUCUCUCUCUCUGGAUGUACGGGCACUAUAAAGUGUAUGUAUGGGGUAUUUGUGUAUCAAUAGAUUCAAUACACAUCGAAUAUGUUGCCCAUUUGUAGGCCUGACACUGGUCACCAUAUUUAUUUCUUUCAUCACUACAAAAAUUAUUGUCAUGUGCUACUAUGUAUGUUAAAAAAAGCCUACUGUCAUGAAAUUACAAUAGAAUUCCUGCUUUUUCUCCCCUUUUGAAUCCAACCCAUAUUCGGGAAUCCUUUGUUUGUCGCUCAUACUAUGAAAGUUUUCAGGCAAAAUUUCAAAGUUGGCGUUUUUAUGCAGACCCAGAAAUGGAAAGGAAUUGGAAUAGAGUUUCCGUGAUUGUGUUUUGACUCUGCUCUAGAUCUACCAUUAUUUUCAAGAUGACUGGUUCGGAAUUUUCCUGAAUCGAUUGUUUAAGGGUUCUGCUUUGAAGAUCAGAGCGGUGGAGGGCGUGAUUUGAGCAGUUCUUGGAGUCAGGGUUUGGAAUGGAAGGGCGGAUUAAAAAGUACAGGCCUUUGAGUCCGGACAGGGCCAAAGUUUGGACUGAGAAAUCUCCCAAAUAUAGGCAGAAACAGCAGCCGCAGAGGGAGGAGCAAAGCUGUAAUAAUAAUAAUAAUCACAGUAGCAGGAUUGCUGUGGUGUAUUAUCUCUGUAGAAACCGGCAGCUUGAGCAUCCCCAUUUCAUUGAAGUCUCCCCUUCUUCCCCGGACGGCCGCCUCUAUUUGAGAGAUGUAAUUGAGAGGCUUAACGUUUUGAGGGGCAGAGGCAUGGCUUCAUUGUACUCUUGGUCUUGCAAGAGGAGCUACAAGAAUGGGUUUGUUUGGCAUGAUCUUUCAGAAGAUGACCUCAUACUCCCUGCCCAUGGGAAUGAAUAUGUUCUCAAGGGCUCAGAGCUCAUGGAAGAUUCUAGUUUAGGGCACUUAAGCCCAGCUAGAAUUGUCAAAAUUCAAAACCCAAAACUGCUACCCGAACCGCCAUCUGCUAGAAGUCAAGACGACUCUUCCUCAUCUUCCAGUAUGAAUGGGAGAGGAUCAAAACCUUUGCAGGACGACGAAUUCUCUCCCACAGUUGAACGUCCCAAUUCAUCUGGUGUGUCCCCCGAGUCUAAAAAUUCCUCUUGGAAUGGUUCCUUCAGCAUGACAGAGUGCAAGAACAUUUCAGGCUUGGCUGAUGCUUCGACACAGACAGAAGACAACCCAAGUAGAAACAAUAGUGUUCGGGAGACCUGUACGAGAGGCAUUUCUACUGAUGAUGGAUCUUCUGAGGCUGAAGGCAUAUUCCUAAUUUCAAAUGGACCUGAAAAGAAUGAGGGCACCAACAUAAAAGAAUCAUCUGAGAUUGGCAAAGAGUCAGUCUCGCCACAUCCAUCAUCAUCCAGUGUAUCAUCAGGUGGAAGAACUGAUACCUUGGAGUCUCUCCUUAGAUCUGAUGUUGGUAGUAAGCUCAACAGCUUUAGAGUUCUUGGAGAUGAGGAAUUUCGAGUGCCCACAACAAAGAUCAAGCCUUCAAAUAUGUUAAUGCAAUUAAUCUCAUGCGGGUCUGUUUCGGUGAAAGAUAACAGUUUUGGCAUUGUCCCAAUGUACAAGCCCAGAUUUUCUCAUUCAAAAUUUUCAUCCCCAUUAUAUUCAACAACCUCUCUAAGUUUGGGUGAACUCGAUUGUCUUGCGGAAAAUCCAAGAUUAAUGGGCGUGAGAUUAGAAGAUAAGGAAUAUUUCAGCGGGAGUUUGAUAGAGACAAACGUGCCCAAGGGAGUAGCUGCUCUUAAAAGGUCAUCAUCUUUUAAUGCUGACAGGACGAAUAAAGAGCUCGAUUCAGUUGAAGACAGAGAGGAUAUGUGCUCAGCAGGCACAAAGUGCAUCCCUUUAUCAAUCACGGCUUCAUUUAGUAGACACCCAAGAAGUGAAUCAAUGAGAUCUCCGCUUUCCGUGGGUCCCAGAAUGUCAUCAUCCGAAGGACGAAUCACUCCUGAUAACACAUCAAGAGGAGCAAGUAAGAGAAUCACAGAGCCUCUUGGAGAGGCAGAUAAUGCGAUCAAAAUUGAAGAAAGUUAAGAAUGCGUUUUUCUUCUUUUUCUACUUCAAUUACUUGGGUAUUUAUGUGUACCAAGAAUGCAAGAUUUCAUUCAUAGUUCAUGUUUGGUUGAGAUUUUCUUUCCCCACUUUGUGUUCCAAUUUCCAAACAGGCUUGCUUCGGGAGCUCGGAUUAUAAUACAGUCAAACCCAUCUUGAACGGCUAACUACUCCGAAGGGUCAGUCGCUUUUGGCAUGGCCACGGGCCCACAGGCAGAGUUUCGGAUAUUAUUCUAGCUGGAAAUCAGAAUUGGAUCAUCAUUUCUUCAUUGUAAAUCUUUUUAUAUACUAUGGAGUAUAUCUAUGAUAGUAGAUGCAAAAAAAAAAAAACUUGAAACAAAUUGUGUAGGUGUUGUAGCACAAUGAAUGGAAGUAGUUAUAGACUGGCUGUUAGAUGUAUGGUUUACAUAUGAUAAGUAUUACAGUGGGAAUUUUGAUAGCUUAAUUACUACAUUUGGAAUUUUGACAUACAUUGUGUCUGGAUUAGUGCAAUGCACAAGAUGACAAGUGACAUUGAUGAAGAAAGGGCAGGAUGGCAU